AAAUCAUCAAUUAGCCUCUAUCUCCCUCUCUCAAACCAACCGGUCGCUUGCUGGGUGGAGAUCCCAACUUGGCCCGGAAUUCGCUGCCCUGGAUAGUGGCAUCACUGUUUGAUUCAUGUGUGGCUCAUCACACAGCCAGCUCGCACCGCUCUCCUAAUUCCAUUGUACUGCAUAGAUACUCGACCUGCGUGCCACGCCAUUAACCCCGAAGCUUCCGCACUAUGGAGACUGGACCACCACCGCCGCCGCCGCCUAGCUACCAGACUACUGUAUUUCGUGCCCAGCCGACUGAGGGUGCUCAGCGGAAGAUUCAAAAGCGCAACCGGCCUCCAGUUAGCUGUCUCUUGUGCAGAACUCGCAAGGUGAAAUGCGACCGGCAGCAGCCUUGUGAGCGAUGUGUUAAGAGCGGCGAGGCUAAUUUCUGUGAAUACGCCCCGCGUGCUGCUCGCAAGCCUCGAGGUUCUGAGCCGCGAACCCAUGCCGAGGUUCGCUCUAAACCUGAAGCUGUCUCGCGACCAGUGCUCCAGACGCGCUUACAAAAGCUGGAGGAGAUGGUCAAUGGCCUAGUUACAAGUGCCGCAUUUGCAGAGCAGUCACUGAACACACCGUCCAGCUCGGAUCACAGGAACGAGGCUGACACUCGCUCCGAUUUGAGCUCACCUCCAAGCUUAAGCGCGCCAAACUCUUCUGUGCAUGUCGGUACACGGAGUGGUGAGGGUAACUAUAUCGGCAAUACCCACUGGGCUUCAAUUCUUGAAAGCAUUCAUGACAUUCAGGGCAUACUAGACUCAGAGCUUGAUGUACCUCCCACUCCAUCGCCCCCACCGUCAACUCACAAUUGGACAGGGGAUUGUCAGGAUCUCAUAUUCGGCCGGGGCGAAAUGUUAACUCACGAGCAGGCUGUUGCGCGGUUACCGCAGCAACACCAAUGUGAUCGUCUCGUUUUGCUCUACUUCAGGCAUCGGUUCACCGCCGCACCAUAUAUCCAUACCAACAAAUUCCAGAAAGAGUAUGACAGCUUUUGGAGGGCGCCAACAUCUGUCAGUCUACUAUGGAUCAGCUGCUUAGCCUCGAUAUUAUGGAUUGCUACCACAAUUGCCGUAGAAAAGGGGGAGAGCGACACUCCUCGGCCCGAACAGCUGUCUGGACUGGCAGUUGACUGCCUCGUUUCAGGCGAUUACUUAUCCGCCAAACCUUAUUCCAUCGAGGCGCUGCUACUCCACGGUUAUACUGAGAUGAGAGAAAAACACAUGGUUGAUUCCAGCUUAUGGGCUAAGUGGGGGCUGACUGCCCGACUUGCGCAGCGUAUGGGAUAUCAUCGUGAUCCCAAAUAUCUCUCCAAUGUGACUCCCUUUGAAGGUGAGAUUCGGCGUAGGGCAUGGUUCUUCAUCGAAGUGUUCGAUGUCUUGUUCUCAUUUCAACAAGGGGUGCCACCCAUCAUUCGUGAUGACGAAUGUGACACCGAGGCUCCAGCAAACCUCUAUGAUGCUGAUUUUGAUGAGAAUAUGAUGGUCUUGCCGCCAUCACGACCAGCCUCCGAGCCAACAUCGACCCUAUAUCUUAAUAUAAAGUCUAGACUUUGUCGCAUACUCCGUCGUGUUCUCCGACAGACAUUAUCGAUUCACCCUCCCACUUACGAUGAAGUCCUCAAACUCAACGAUGAGCUCCAUCAUUACCAUAGCCAAAUUCCAUCGGCUCUGCAGAUUAAGCCUAUCCGCUCCUAUAGCUUCACCGAUCAGACCUCCGAGAUUAUGCAUCGUUUGAUGCUUGAAAUGAUGUUCCUGAAAAGCCUAUGUUUCUUACAUCGCCCAUACCUGAAUCGGGAAAAGGACAACCCGCAAUGCGAUCUAUCUCGUAAUAUCUGUCGAGAAGCUGCAUUAAGGAUUCUGGAUAUUCAUGCAGAAUAUGAGGAGGAGAGCAAGCCUGGUGGCCGAAUGUAUGAUGACAAAUACAUGCUCUCUUCAUUGACUGUGCAUGACUUUCUGAUUGCCUCCAUGAUUUUAUGCUUGGAUCUUACGGAAAAUUUACCCAGCACUUCUGCCGAGAGAUCGAGGAAACUAAAGGCUUUAGGCACGUCAUAUAAGAUAUGGUCUGAACGGAAAAAUGCAUCCAGAGAGGCAGCACAUGCUACGAGGAUCGUCGGAGCAAUUCUGAGGAGGGUAUCUAUGCAAGAUAUGCAGCAUUCAAAGCCUCCACCCCCUCCUCCGCAGCCCGAUAUCAGAGAUGGCUCCCUCGCCAUUCUAUUGAAUAACGAUGUUCAAAUGUCACCCCCGUUACCUGCGUCAUACGACCAAUCACAGCUUAUUCCAGCCAUGGGGUUUUCCUUGGACUUCAUGGACUCUGCACCAAUCGACAGCGUAUUGAAAGAUUCAACUUUGGCUGACUGGACUCUCAUAGAUCAUAUUCUUCUUGAUCGACCCCAGAGUACCUAUCAUCCCACGGCAUUGUAGAAGUACGCAUUCGCCUUUGUGACGAUUAACGAGUCAUGUAUUCUCCAUGCAUGGUAAAACUAAAAAAAAAACAAUGGCGAUGGAUUAUUUCGUCAUA